AAACAAAGUUUAGUCAGUCUGUAUCUUUCGAUCGGUGCUGCUAGAGUGACUAAAUAGCUCCCAAAAUUCGCUGAUAACGCGUUUGUUCUGUAGCAAAUUGGCAGUGAAAUGGCCACCCGAAACGAAGUUCCGAUGCGGCACCUGUUCGACGGCAGUGAGCUCAAUGUGUACGAUCAACAGAUUGCGAAUCUUUCCGCCGGGGCACCAGGGCCGGACUUGCUGGCCGAGUGCUGCCAGAUAUUUCGCGCUGCCACCGAGCAUCGGAUGAAAUUUGAGCUGGAAAACAACUCGUACCUCUUUCAAUACGGUCCAACAAUCGGAACGACCGAGUUUCGCGAAACUCUCGCCGGAUUCCUUUCCAAAGGCUAUUGUUCCGAGGUUAACAAAUCCGACCUGGUGAUGACCUCCGGCGCAACGCACGGUCUCCAUCUAAUCCUUUCGACGCUGGUCGAUCUGGCCGGGGUCGUCUUCGUGGACGAAGUUACUUACAUGAUCGCGCUGGAGGCGUUCCAGCAGUUUGAAUCGAUGCGAAUCGUUCCCGUUCCCUUAAACUGUGAUGGGCCCAAUUUGGACGCUCUUGGCGCCCUUAUCAACAAGUACAGGUUUAAACCGACCGGAAGUAAGCUGUUCUGGGGCGUGUACUACACCAUUCCGACUUUUCAUAAUCCAACCGGGAUACUGUUUACUGAAGAAAUUAAUAAACAGCUGAUAAGAUUGGCUCGCGCCAGCGAUAUCUUGGUGGCGUGUGACGAUGUCUACAAUUUGCUGUACUACAGCGUUGGAAAGCCGGAAGAAGGCUCUGGAGUGUGUCCUCCGAAGCGCCUUUUUGCGUACGACAUCGAGGAUAUUGGCACGAACGGCUGGCAGGGAAAUGUCAUUUCGAAUGGAUCCUUUUCGAAAAUUCUCUCCCCGGGCAUUCGCCUUGGCUGGAUGGAGUGCCCGCCACGGUGCUUGGAGCUGUUUCGGGCAAGCGGCAUCCUGAAAAGCGGUGGCGCGGCCAACAACUACACCGGCGGAAUCGUGUCCAGCCUGAUCCAGCUGGGACUGGCCGAGCAACAGUUGGAAAAAUAUUCCACCAAAUACUCGGAACGGCUGCGGGCGGCCGCGGACGUGCUGGAGGCGAAACUCCCGGCCGGAUGUUCAUUCGAGCGACCAAAGGGAGGGUACUUCAUUUGGAUUCGCUUUCCCGAGGGCGUCGAUUGCGUCGACUUUAAUCAGUACAGUUUGAAGCAUUUUGGCGUGACGGCGAUUGCCGGGUCGCGGUUCGCCUCCGGAGCAACGCACCGAAACUUCCUGCGGGUCACGUUUGCCUUCCACGAGGCUGGAUAUCUAAGGGAAAGUGUGGAGAAGCUGUGUCGGGCUGCGGAGCAGUAUCUGGCGGAAAAGGCUGGAGGAAAUGGUGGCAAUUAAAUGACUUUUCAUCAAUUGAAGUGUUACAGCAAUGGAUC